AUGAUGAACGGUACGAAGGAAAGGACGUCCAUAUGGGUUGGGGCAAUCCGAAAAGUUCAAGAGAUUCCUUGGCUCGUGGAAACUUAUAGGAAGGAAGAAACUGCACAUAAUAACUCUGCAGUGUUUGUAGGACCAGCAAUAUCUUUGCAGGAAUGCACCAAACUGGAAAUGAUCUUUGACUUUGUCGUUACGAUGGGAGAAGAUGAAAACCCACAGGAUUGCAGCUUUCGUCUUUGGGAUACCGUCACUUUUAGAAUUGCGCACGAUGGAAAUAGUGAGGUUCCCAACGGGAUGACAACAUCGGACGAGGAGUCAACCGACCAAACAUCUGAAAAUGAACCAAUAGCAAUAAUUGGAAUGGCUUGUCGACUCCCUGGUUCCAACGACUACCACACUUUUUGGAAUAAUCUUGUCGGAGGGGUUGAUAGUAUUGGAGAAGCGCCAAAGGAUCGGUUUCAACCUGAACGUGGCUGCGUAAAGAUGACAUCGGAGCAUCUAUCAACCGAAGCUAGAUAUUUAUCUUGUCCCGUCGACACAUUCGACGCUAAAUUUUGGGGAAUAUCCCCACUGGAGUUGGAAUACACUGAUCCACAGGCAAGAAUGGUGUUACAGUUGGCUUGGGAGGCGCUUGAGGACGCUGGAAUUCCACCAUCUACUAUACAUGGGACGGACGCAUCAGUUCUGCUGGGUUUCUGGCGAGAAGAUUACAAUGACCUACUUGUACAAACUGGAAGCAGUGCUGGCAACGAACUUCGUAGAUAUUUGGGUUGCUCCAUGGGGACCGCAGCGGCUCGUGUUGCGCAUGCUUUUGGAACCACUGGACCGGCCUUAUCAACCGAAACUGGAUGCUCUUCAAGGGUAUGCUCCAUUGGAGCAGCCAUGGCUGCCCUAAGAAACAACAAGACCGGACUCGCACUUGCCGGUGGUGCGAACUUAAUAUUGAAACCGUUUCUGUACAAAGAGUUUCAGGGUGUCUUGUCCCCAUCCGGUCGCUCCAAAGUAUUUCACUCCGAUGCAGACGGCUCCGCUCGUGCAGAGGGAGUGAUAAUGUAUGCUCUGAAAAGGGAAGCCGACGCGAGACGGGACGGUGACCAUAUCUACGCCCUUCUAUCUGGCUAUGGAACAUCACAAGAAGGUCUCUCCAGAUCGGCCGGCACGCUAACGAUUGAUGGAGAAGCACGUGCAAUCACGCUGGCUUUGAUGGAUGCUUGUGUUUCACCAUCAGACAUUGACUGGUUGGAAAUGCAUGGCACCGGGACAAAGGUUGGAGACCCUAUUGAAGUAGCAGCAACCAGAGUAGCAUAUGGAUUGGACAUUAAAAAAUCUGAAAGGCGGCGACCGCUGAUAAUUACAUCGGUCAAAGCAAACAUAGGUCACACAGAGAGCGUAUCUGGAGCAGCGGGACUGCUCAAAGUGGUUCUGGGGAUGAAAUAUGGAGCAAUCCCACCGCAGCGAUUAAAUGGCACACUCAACCCAAAAUUCAACUUAGAAGGAAUUCAAAUACCAUUACAAUUGCUUCCAUGGAAAGGGAAAUACGCUGGCGUCUCUUCAUUUGGAAUUACCGGAACAAAUUCGCAUCUUAUAGUUCAGCGUGUAUCAAUUCCACGGAACAACAAGAUUCCUCAAUCUGAUACCCUCUCCGCUUACAUCCUUCCCCUCGCGGCAAAAUGUGCAUCAUCAAUGGCGGAAUUGAAAAAGAGACAUGUUUUUGCUCUACAGAAUUUAGAUGAUCGUCAACUGGCGGACUAUUGCUACACAUCCGCUGUUUGUCGAGACCACUUUAAAGAAUAUCGAUACGCUGUUGUAGGACGGAACAAGAUGGAACUAAUUCAAGCAAUCUUAUCAGACCACGCACAAGAACCACAAUUGAAACCUCACAAACCAUAUGAAAAUUCAAACUCAAAAGUAUGCUUUGUAUUUCCUGGACAAGGUUGCCAAUAUGCUGUUUGGGGUGCAUGGGGUAUUUUUCCUUCAAUUGUGCUUGGACACUCUUUCGGAGAGUUUGCUGCUUCAGUGGUAGCUGGGACCUUGUCCCUUCCAACUGCUCUCGAACUUCUCGUUGCCUCGCGAACGAAAAUGGUCGGAACUCAUGACGAAGGUGGGAUGCUGUUUUUGGAAGAUGAUACAAAAACGGAUACUUGGAUAGAUAUUGCGGCCUUAAGUUCUUGUGAACAAACAGUGAUUUCGUCUAAGCCGGAUACUAUUUCCAAGUUCUCGAUGUUCUGCACUAAAUUCGGGAUUAAAAACACAGCACUUCAUGUCACCCAUGCUUUCCACUCUAGAGCCCUGGAGCUCGUCCUUAAUCAAUUUGAAUCUGAAGCAGCACAAUUGAAUUAUCCUAGUAGAAAGUUCAAAAGUGUGGCUUACGUAUCUUCAGUGUACGGGAGAGUAGUUGAUCAUGAUGAGAAAUUAGAAGCCAACUAUUGGCGGAAACACAUGCGACAACGCGUUGAAUUUAUUAGAGCCGCAAAGGCAGCUCUUCAAGAACAAAAUGGCCAAAUAUUUUUGGAAGUUGGUCCACAUCCUGUACUAUGUCCGCUGGUUAGCAAAAUUGCAGCAUCCGGUAUAAUCACAGCAACUGAAAAACCUUUAUUUUUUCCAUCCCUGAGGAAAGGCACCGAAGAUAUGCUAACCAUGUUGGACACCGCUACGUUAUUGUGUACGGAGGGGGUGGAUCUGGAUUGGUCAACAUUGUGGAAAAGCUUAACAUUAGCUCCACUUUGUAAGGUUCCUAGUCUUGUACCACUGUAUGCUUUCACGUCGAAUGAAUCGUUUUGGUUCAGCACUAUCCCUUCAGAAAAGCCAGCAUCGUUUUAUGAAGAGCAAGAGGUUCACCCAUUAUUGGGGUCAUGUUUUCCAACCAUGGUGGAAGGAAGUUACGCGUUUGUUAACUCGACCCGACGGCUGUUGGCGAAUCCAUUAAGCGGGGACUGGCUUCAGGAUCAUAGGUUGGGAUCUCACAUUAUUUUCCCAGCUGCGGGGUAUGCUGAGAUGGUGUUUGCGGCCGUUGACAUAAUAAAACGUAGAAGCAACGAAAAUUGUGCCACAAUUUGGAAUUGA